CUGUAACGAGUGCCAGAGAACAAGCGGCCAACUUAGGUAUUACUCUUCGUGAACUGUUAGGCCUUGAUGAGGCGCCAGUGAAGGAGGUAGUACUUACAUAUGUGAAGAAUGGGCCUCUCGUCGAGCCUGCGCAGGAAGAGGAUCUACCUUCACAAAUGAAAGGUCUGCUGAACUGGUACAAGGGUUACAUAAAACAUAAAAACGCCAAAGAUUAUAUUUAUGCGGAAGUUGGAUAUGAGCAUCACUUCAAACAAUACUGUGUACAAAUUCAUCUGAGUGAAUUGUUCCAGCUUUUCAAUCUGCGCGAGCUCGACAAAUCUAUCAUCAGUUGCUACGUUCUAUUGAAGAUUAAGGAAUGCAGAGUAAGGAGCAUCCAUGAUGUUGGGUUCAUUGACCCACACAUCGUUAAUGGAUAUACGUUAAAGCAUCACCCCGCCGACGUGGAGAAAGACCUGUGGCGGUUUCUUGAUAAGCAGGAACUCAAAAGUGAUAUUCUAUUUCCUUACCAUUUUGGGUGAGUGUUUAUGUCUUGAGCACAUUCUCUUUUGUUUACUCCAUGCAUGGUAUGUGGCCGGCUAAUCGAUGAG